AAAAUUGUAUUUUCUAUUUCUUCUUGAACCAAAUCUGAAAAUUUCCAUUUACUCCGGCGAUUCUCUUCUCAAUAGAUCCUCACUCUCUCUAAAAGAGAAACCUCCGAGUCAGAAGAAGACAAAAUAUCCUUUUUUUAAUUCAAUAGACCUUCUCCUUCUUCUUCUUCUAAUUCUCAGAAUUCUAAUUUUCUCUUGCAGAGUAAUUUUGUUUUUUUCAUUUUUUUUUCCGAUGAGGUGUAAGAGGCAUACAGCUGAUUUCAGUAGCAGAGUCGGCGUCUGCGCUUCUUGUCUCCGUGAACGCCUCUUUUCUCUGGCCGCUUCAACCGCCGCGUCUGAAAACGACGAUAACGAUCAUCAUCGUCAUUCGCGGAUUUCUCCUCCUCCUCUGAUUUUUCCUCGCUCUGUUUCUCCUUAUGUUGCUCCAAGAAAAUCCGACGCCGGAGGAGGAGACUCUUUAGCUUCGUCUAAUAGCCGCUUCUUCGCCACGCCGCAGGUUGGCUCCAACACGGAUCAAUCUUACGGCGGAGGAGGAUCAUCGUCAUCGGAAAAAGUCUUCGAAUCCGGUCGAUCGUUUAAGAAGAAACGGAGCGGUUUAUCCCGGUUCUCUAGCUUCUUCAGGACGAGAUCUGAGGAUUACGAUUCGCGCACGAAAUUCUCAACUCGCGAUUCCUGCGACGCGUCUACGUUUUCACCGUCGUCGUCUUCGUCGUCACGGUCGUGGCUAUCGAAAGUUCUCUCCGUUCGAUCGAAAAAACAAUCGACCAACACUAAUUGCUACAUCGAGGAUUUGAUCGCAUCCGAAUCCAAUCACCAUCAUCAACACCGACCUAGACAUAGGUAUUGCAGAGGAAUGUCGCCGGCGGGAGAUACGGCGGCGAAUGAUUACGACCGUGAAUCCGUCGAGGAAUCUCCUGGGAGAGCGAGAAGAACGCCGGCGAUGGGAACUCCGGGAAGGAGAAAGACGGCGACGAUUGGGAUAGGGAGGAGCGUGUCAGGGAUGGCUUUCUGCUUGAGUCCGCUAGUGAGAGCUAAACCUAACUGUUCUUCUAACUGGAAAGGGAAAUUUCCGCCGGAUUUUGGAUAUUCCGGUGAGCUGAAAUCUCCGGCGAAGCCUCACAUUUCUACGGCGGCGUCUUUUUGCGCAAACCGGUCUAAGAAGCUUGUCGAUUUAGGAAGAGUUGAUCACCGCCGUUGAUUUUUUUUGGGUCAGCAUCUGACCGUUCUAUACGAAAGUACCUAAAAUACCCCUCACAAGAUUCAUAUGAAAGUUAUAUGGUGGCUUUACUAUACCAACAGAUAAAGAGUGAUAAUUUUCGUUUUUGGUUUUGUUAAAUUAUAAUGUUGGUCACAUUGUAUAUUGAAGGGGCAUAUGUUUGUUUUUAUUU